AUGUCAUCGUCUUCAUCUUUCAUCGAUACGCUUUCUACGAUUCAAACAACUCUAACACUUUGCGUUUAUCCAGUAUGGCUUACAUUUGGCUGUAUCGGAUGUUUACUUAAUCUUAUCGUUUUUUCUCGUCCACAAUUACGAACAACUUCUUGUUCUAUUUACUUUUUGGCAGCAUCUGUAGAUCAUUUAAUGACAUUAAUUGUUGGUAUUGGACCAGUCGUGUAUAGUCUUAAUAAUCCUGAUCCACAAAUAGAAUCACUUUUAUUUUGUAAACUACGUGGUUAUAUAUUUCAAAUAUGUUUAAUGCUUUCUCGUUGGUUUGUUGCUUUUGCUUGCAUUGAUCGUUAUGCAUUAACUUCUGAAAAAAUUCAUUUAAGAAAUUUUGCUAAACCGAAAAUAGCAUAUCGUAUAAUCAUUAUCAUUAUUAUUUUUUGGUCAAUUAUUUGUUCUCAUAGACUUAUAUUUUAUGGAAUCAAAGGUGAAUUCUGUGGCAUUAUGAAUAAUAUGACAGCAGCACUUUAUCAUAGUCUUUAUGUUAUUAUUGGAGGUGGUAUAUUACCAGCAAUGAUUAUGAUGAUAUGCGCAUAUCUUAUUCGUCGAAAUCUUGCACAUAAACAUCGAAGACGAACACAGCUAUCAUUAGGUAAUUAUCAACGAAAUCCACUUGAUCAACAAGUUCUUCAUAUAUUAUUUGUGCAAAUUAUAUGUUAUAUUAUAUUUACAACUCCUCAAUUAUGUAAUUUAGUGUUUAAUAUAAUCUCAAUAACAACUUCUGAUCGAUCAAGUGAACAUUUAGCUCUUGAAUCAUUUUUUAGUUUUCUAGCAGAAUUAAUGCUGUAUUUAUUUCCAGUUACAUCAUUUUACCUAUACACACUCACAUCUCGUACAUUUCGUAAAGAAUUAAUCAAAUAUUUUCGUUCAAUGUUUUGUCGGAAUAAUCGAAUUGUAUCAUUUACUCAUGGUACUACUAUUGAUUAUCCAUUUCGUACAUGUACUUGA